AUGGCUUCUCAUCUAAAAGGUGUUGCAAAAUCAACUAUGUCAGGUCAAAUACGUAAGGAGUUGUGUGAGUACAAGAGAGAUGAUCCUACAAGCACACAAAAAGACUUGCAGAGAUGGCUUGAGGAAAAAUUUCAGUUGAAAGUUAGUCAAGGAACAAUAUCAAACACACUAAACGGUCAGAUGAUUAUCUCUCUGCUAAAAUAG